UGCUUGCUUUUUAGUGUACGUUUAACGCUGAUCGAUAGAACAUGUGCGUUUUUGUCCUGAACGUCGUCGGCGGCGGCAAGUUUUAGCAGUUUACCUAAUCUAACCCUAAACGCUCUUUGAUCCAUCUCGCUUGCUCGGAUUCGGGUUCGACCUGUGCUCGUCGCCUGCUUCGAUCCGUGAACAUUCUACGUGUGGAUGCGUACAGUGCGUGGAGCCGUCGCGAUUGUUAUCGUUGUUGUUGCUUUGGGUAGUCGCGUUUCGGAAGGGUUGAUGUUGCAGCCAAUGCGUUGUCAACGCUUGCUUUGUGUCAGCAACUGAGAUCAAGUGAAGAAUCACCGUCGCUGAGUGCUGAAUGAGUGAUUAAGCAAAUGAUGAUUCUCAAUUGAUAGUGAAUGAGCAACAGUGAUCAGUGACACGUGAAUUUGUCAAACGUUGGGAAAGUGUUGAAGAUUGAAGAUCACGAUAAAAACGGAGAUGCGACGGUGAUAGUGACGGUUCAUGGAUUAACGUAUAAAGAAGCAUACAUUCUCGUGAUACGACAAAAUUGUGAUAGCAAGAAGUGACCGAUUUGUGAAAACAAAAUUUACGAUCCAGUGAGUGAAACCAUCUGACAGAGAGAAAAAUCAAUACAGUGACAGUGACCGUCGUGGCCAGCAGUCAGUGAAAGCCCCAGUACCUAUUUUUUCGGGACCACGUUCGCAAAAAGCAGUCAAAAUCGUGCUCCAGUGGCAUAUUCCGGGCGAAAGCCCAUUCGAGCUCACCAAGAUUAGUAGCCUAUCGGAUAUCACCGGCGGAGGCGGCGGCAUGACGGUACCGGUGCAGCGUAACUCGAUGGCCGUGUUGCAGCCGCCACGGUCCCGGUUCAUGAUCAACGAUAUCCUGGCCGGAAGCCAACAGAGCCAUCACCACCACCAGGGUCAGAAUGGGAACGGAGGUUCCGGCGGUGGGGGCGUAGGAGGCGGUGCGGACAGUAUCAACGGCAGCAGUAGCGAGGGCCGAACGCCCAGCCCGGGUCCGAGGGACCUGAGCAUAGUGCCGGGGGGACACCAUCUGGGGCAUCAUCCGGGAGCCGGCGGGUUGACGCCGGGAGCACAGCAUCACCUAGGCCUGCAUCAUCAUCAUCACCAUCACCACCAUAAUCAUCACAUGGUGGACGACGAUGUCAAGAGCGAAAGCGACAGCGACGACAGCGGGCCCCUGGACAGCUCCAGCGUGUGCAGUAACGGUGGCAAAGACGAGGACGGAAACAGCAUAAAGAACGGACUGGGCCUGGGCGGAUCGUCCGGGUUGAGUAAAAAGCAGCGGAAAGCCCGCACGGCCUUCACCGACCACCAGCUGCAGACGCUGGAGAAGAGCUUCGAGCGGCAGAAGUACCUGAGCGUGCAGGACCGGAUGGAGCUGGCGAACAAGCUGGGCCUGAGUGAUACGCAAGUCAAGACCUGGUACCAGAAUCGGAGAACCAAAUGGAAGCGACAAACGGCCGUGGGACUGGAGCUGCUAGCGGAAGCCGGGAAUUACGCUGCUUUUCAGCGGCUUUACGGUGGGCCCCCGUACCUGGGAGGGUGGCCAUAUCCGGCUCAGGCCGGUCCUCCAGGGGCUCCUCAGAGUGCGGUGGACGCGUACUAUCGGCAUGCGGCAGCGGCGGCUGCCCUUCAGAAACCUCUUCCGUACCGAAUCUAUCCGGGCGUUCCGGGCUUGGGCACGCUGAACACCAUUCCCGGUCCAAGCGCGCCCUUCCCGCACCUCUCGGCCUCCACGUCGCUGUCCACGCUGAGCAGCUACUACCAGGCGAGCAGUCAACAGGCGGCGGCAGCGGCUGCAGCAGCAGCGGUUGCUUCUCAGAACACUCCCGGAAGCCCUGGGGUCGGCGCCGGUAGCAACGGAAGCGCCGGCAAUCCCAACAACGGUGGCGGCAACGGCAACAACAUCCACGGCAGCACCAGUAGUCUAAGUAGUCAACCCCGGCGGUCGCCAAGUCCGACGUUGAACCCCGGAAGCCCACCGGGACGGUCCGAGAGCAACCCGCCCAGCGACGACGAGGACGAAAACAUACAGGUCUGAGAACCCUGAGGUGUGAUACCGAAGAAGACGAGGAACACUCAUAUACGUAUAUAUAGGAUAUUAUCUGUGUAAGGAAGGAAAUAGUGAUUAUUAUUUUUAAUAGCAUUUAUUUAAAGCAGAUAUUAUUUUUUAAACGAGGGUUAACUAGCGAAAACGAAGGGGCGUCGGAUGGCCUUCGGGUGGUGACGUUUGCAAGCACAAACGAGUGGUAUCUGAGAUGCCCGAACUGUCAAAAUCUUUAGCCCAGUUAGCUUCUCGACCCGCCCGAACAAACGUCACCGUCCGUCGGCAGUUCUCGCGUUCCGCUUCACUGAGCGCGUGUUGGUGAGUGUAAAUAUAUCAAAGCAAGCCGUUAGAAGGAAUCGUGUAACAAUAGCAACAGCAACAGCAGCCGAAGCAAAGCCUACUUAAAUAGUUAUUCUGUUUUUUGAUUUUCUCCCCGAAAAUCGCCAACCUUCGUUGUCGGUCGUCGUUGUCGGAAUCGAUUAGUUUGUUGUUGAAACAAUGUGUAGAUAAUGGUCUUGUAAAGUGUGGAUCAUCAAAACCCAGUGAAACGCGGUUUAGUCGGCAACGAUGGCGCAGCAACGGUGGCGCAGUGAUGAGAACGGAAAGUUUAUUAACUGUAGCCUUUAAUUUAUGAUCAUUAGCGCGUUCGAAAGAGUAAUUAUUUAAUUAUUUUAUAAGUGUAAAAUUCCUGUGUAAAAUUUGUGCCCCUCUCCCCAGAAAAAUAGUUUCAUUGUUUACUUUCAAUUUGACAGUUGUAAAAUUUGUUUAUACGCUUCAACAUGGUUGCUCAAUCCCGUGCAUCGCUGAAUUCGGGAGAAAAGCCUAAUCCAAUUAACAAGCGAAAUCGCAGAACAGAACCCGCUAGCAACAGAUUUGCCAAAUUCACUCGGAAACACAGACACACAAACACACAUUUGUACAGGUGAACCAGUAUUAAAGGAACGCGUCGGUGCGGAACUCCAUCCUAGGUUUUACACUCGACUAAAAACUAACGAAGAAAUUCGACGUGAUUUUAACCUCCGAAAGUAAAAAGGCUCAGCGCGCGCGGGGACAAAUGGCUUUGGACAACGGAUAGUUAGUUAUUGAAAGUUUGUACAUAUACUGAUCUAUAUAUACAUAUAAAUAUGAAAAUAUUCCGUCUAACUGUAAGCUGAUCGAAGGAGACUGCUCUCCCUCCCUCUUUGUCACACGCAUACACUGAAACAAAACAGAAACUCAAACAAAACACAGACAUUCUCCGCUAGUAGGAACACCAGGAACAUUCCAAAACUUUGAAAAAGUAUUUAAGGUGAACAAUUUUACGCAUCAAGACGUAAUGAUUGUGCGGAGCUCACGUGCGACACGGGAGCAACGGGCGAUUGAUUAUCGUAAGGGAAAUUCUUGUGUUAUACAUAUGAAAAACUGUCAUCGGCAACAACUGACGAUGAUGGACGAAUGGAGCAUUACCGGCUAAUAAAUAUGAAAAUUUUAUUGAAAAUCAA